GAGUUGCCUGCUCUUGGUUUUGUCAUGGCCGCCAGAGGCUGUGAGAGUAAAGGCCUCGCUGCGGCCAGUGACUGCAGUUACCACCUGGUAGUUUCCAGCAGAGUCUUUGCCUCUCCAGCUACCUGAGUGCCGUCGCUGCAUUUCAUGCCUUUGUAGCAUUCAGACUUAGUGUAAGACAUACUGCACACCAGCCAUUAACAGUAAGAUCAAGACACAACAGGCUGAAUUGGUGACUCUAAACGCUAGGGCCUAUAAAAUCUACUUAAUAUAAAGACGAAACAGAUCACGUGAUCGUCCCGAAAACCUAUCUGACGAUGUGUUCCUCGGCUAAAGUAAUGACUGAUCGUAGACACAGUAGAAGAAAGUCCAUGGCAAGGGCAAAACUUUGGACUCAAGUAAACAAAGGGGUGGCCAGGUUGCAGCCCUUGUUGGGAGAGUUCAAGCCAGUGAAUGGUAUGAUGAAGACAGUGACGAACACAGCCCCGCCAUCAAAUCGUGCCAGGACUUCGUCAGUAAAAUACCCCUGCCUGAACAAGAGCUUAAGGACAAUGUCUUUUGAAGCUGCUUACGGAGAAGGGCCAGCCGACAUCAACUUUUUGAAAAACAAAUUAGGAUUUUGUAUUCCAAGUGAAGAAUUAAUUUUACGAUCACAGACACUACGUUUAACUAGUGAGUGGCAUCCACCGAGAUCUUCUCUAGAUGACUUGACUUCCUCUUCUGCACUGAAAAAUAUCACAUCACUGACAAAUCGCAAGUCCUUUCUUGACUCAGUGAAAUCUGAUCAAAGGCGUGCCUCAUUCAGAAUGGACUCGCAGAAACUCGGUCAUCACAUGUCUCUGGACGAGAACCUUAGGGAAGUCGAGCGCUUGGAACACAUCUUAAAUAUCAAGGUUUCCCCAAGUUCUGCUUUGUACCCCAUCACUGAUGUCCAGCACACAGAGAACAGAAUGGCUGAGCUGAAGAAGAUUGCUGAGCGAGCUAGGAGGAACAGUCAAGUUCAUGAGAUGAUGAUCGAGCAGAAGCUGUCUACCUACCGAGACAAAGACGAGAAAAUCUACAUCGAUGUCAAGUCUCACAUUGACCUGAGUAAAAUUGACGACAGGACGAAGAUUUUUAACAAAAUAUCGAGGCUAGAGAGCAAGAUCAAGAGUUUCGCAGUCAGGGGAGAGGCCACCAUACACUCCCCUACCAACGAGGAAGAGAACGAAGAAAUCUAUCGGAUUCUCCAACAUCAUAUCGUGACGUCCAGCGAGAGCACAGAAGUUACUUAGGACACGCCCUUGAAGGAAGUCUGCAGGUCAGAACUCAGUCGGCGCCGUAUGGAAUUCACUCGAUAGCAACAUUCAGUGCCGCAGUUCUCAGUCGUUAUCCAUGGGCGGGACAAGCAGAAGUCUACAGGUGUCACAUGACUUCUACAGCUUGUCAACCAUUGGUUGUUAGGGCUUCACACUGCUUAGUACUAAUACACUUAGAGUGGACACAAGAA